ACCAUCGCCACCUUCCACUCCCUCCCUUUCACAGUUGGAGUUGCUGAUAGAAUACAAAAACCGAGGAGAGAGAGAGAGAAGAAAGGGGGAGGAGGGAGGAAGGAAAAAACAGGGAGAGAGGGGAGGUUGCCAGGUGAGGGGAGAGAUAAAUAAACACAGUGAGGCCUCUGGCUCGGCGGCGCCCGGGAUGCGGCUCCACUGUUCUCCUUCCGGCGGCGCGCCGCUGCGGGAGGCGCCAAUGGCGCUGGACUGAUCUGUGAGUCACCCGCUUCUCAGGUGCCGGGCUGCCGGCGGCGGUUGAAGGUCAGACCUUGCCGGUGGAAUGCACGGGCGGCGAGGCGGCGAGUCAUGUUACUUCUCGCACAAUUCGAGAUCGGUUCCCCUGAUUGCGCUCAUUCCUUGAUCGCUUCGGAGGUUCAACCCUGAAUUUAAGGAGGGAAAAAAGGGACCGUUUCCAGCUUGCAACUAGUUUGCUUGUGUAGAUUUGGCUGCUGGAAGAUUCAUGCAGCUUUUAGCAUUGCUGUAGAGUCGUUGUGAAGUUUGAAGGCUGUUCUGGUUAUGUUGAGGGACCAGCAGGUAUUGACCUUAGAUUCAGCAAGCUCAUCAAGCUCGGCACCUGAUUUGACCCUCUCUGAAAAGCUCACUUCUGGAAGCAGCAACUGUGUGUCUGAGAGCCUGCAGGUGGCUUGGUCAGAGAAAGGAGGACAGGUGAAGGCUCCGGUGAAUUGUUAUAGCAAGAAGAAUAAGGUUUGCAGUGGUUCAGGGAGUCCUGCAAUCGAAUCUUGGGGCUCUGAGAUGGAGGAUGCUGAUCAGAACGGCGAAGUCAACACAAGUGAGCUCAUCGGCGGGAUUGGUCGGGAGUUGACCAUCUCCUGCCUGCUCCGUCUUCCCCGGUCCUACUAUUACGACGUGGCAUCUGUUAACCGGUCUUUCUACUCCCUUGUAAGGUCCGGGGAGCUUUAUAGGUUGAGACGGGAGGCCCGGAUUGUCGAGCAGAUGAUCUAUUGCUCAUGCAAUGUGCUCGAGUGGGAUGGUUUUGAUCCAUGCCGCCAACGGUGGUUCAGCAUCACUUCCAUGCCUGCCAUAGAAUGCUUUACACUUGCUGAUAAAGAAUCCCUUGCUGUGGGCACCAAUAUCCUUGUCUUUGGGAGGAGGGUGGAGGCCCAUGUUGUGCUGAGGUAUAGCCUUCUAACUAACUCCUGGACAACUGGGGAGAUGAUGAACACACCGAGGUGCUUGUUUGGCUCAGCAAGCUUUGGUGAGAAGGCUAUUGUAGCUGGUGGUAUCGGUGAGAAUGGUACAUUGAACUCUGCUGAGCUUUAUGAUUCUGAGAUGCAGACCUGGACCACUCUUCCAAACAUGAACAGGGCGCGGCAGAUGUGCUCUGGUUUCUUCAUGGAUGGCAAGUUCUAUGUCAUUGGGGGGAAGGCAGAGAAACAUAAUGAGAUCCUUAGUUGUGCUGAGGAGUUUGAUUUGGAGAAUGGCACCUGGCGAUUGAUCCCAGAUAUGGCACAAGGCCUUAAUGGUGGGAGCGGUGCUCCACCUCUUGUUGCUGUUGUGAAUAAUGAACUUUAUGCUGCUGAUUAUGCAUCAAAGGAGGUUAAAAAGUAUGAUAAGGAAAAUAAUGCUUGGAUCACUCUUGGAUCAUUACCUGGGAGGUAUACAUCAGUUCAUGGCUGGGGCUUGGCUUUUCGCAGCUGUGGAGAUAUGCUCAUUGUCAUUGGUGGAAUCAGUGUCGGUGGUAGUGGAGUGAUUGAAAUUUGUUCCUGGGUACCCAAUAAUGGACUGCCUGAUUGGAAGAUCAUUGGCACCCACCAUUCAGGAAGCUUUGUAUACAACUGUGCUGUGAUGAGUUGUUGACAUACAAGGGUUAUUACAUUAUCAAAACUGUACAUCUUGACCAAAAGGAAGGAUAAAGAAGGCAAAUUCUGCUGAGCUUGUUUACUACAUGAUGGGGAACUUCUGCCCCCUGGAAUUUUAGGCUGAGCUGAAGGUUGGAUAGAACUUUCUCAUGUAGAUUCUUACUUGCUUAUGUCUAAUCUCUUCAUUUUAAUUUUAAUUCCAUUUGGAGGGCCUGCAAUUGGACAUGCAGUGCAGCAUUAGAUUAAUAAUUUGGAGCAACCUCAAACAUUUUGAUCUUCCCUGGGUACCUUGAUCAAAGUUUUUUAGCUCCAGAGAGUAGCCUUACAUUGGCAAAUCAUUUGCCCAUAGAUUGUAAGAAAUAAAGGAAGAAAGAAAUAUGUCCUUGUUGACAAUCGUUGCCUUUUCUCUGUCUUUACUUGGUUAAUAGUGACUGAAUAUUGGUGACAUUUCCUUGAAUUUAAUGCGUAGAGUAUGAGUACUAAUCAGUUGUGCUGUAUUAUGAUCUGUCUGAUUUAUUGAUUUUCUCAAGUUUGCUUCUUGAGUGUGGAAAGCUUGUUUGGUCAUUGUGAACUAACAUUCUAGUUUUGGAAUGUGUGAAUGUCUUGGGAGAUUAGUUGGCACCUUAACUUUCUCUCUAUAUUUUUGUUAGAUCUCUUUCCUUGUAGGUUGCUAAUGUCCCUCCUCCCCCCCCCCCUUCCUUCUCUCUAGUUAUUCAAUGCUGAUAUUGCAUGGUCCUGUCGGCAGCUCACCUGACCAUUUGCAUGGAUGAUGGCAUUAAAUGGAUGCUGCGUAUAUGUUAUUCCAUGUUCAAGAUGAUCCUAAUUGUAGCAUUUGAAUGAUAAAAAUGACAUGCUUCUAAAGUUUCAAUUCCUUCGCAAAAUAGCAGUGGAUGAUCCUAGGGAGAUCAAAAGAAUAUAGGAUUACUAGUCUUGAGUAUUAUCACCACAGCAGCAACAUGGAAGGAGCCCAGUUAAAGGCUUGCACGUUAGAUAUAUAACUAUAUUACAUAUUAAGGAAUAAUCACUAGCAUAUGUUUGGUAGAAGAUAAGCAUUUUUUAAUCAAUGAAUUUAGUGCAAAUUUAUUUCUAAGUUCUCUUAUCAUGAAUUGUCUGUUUAUUUUGCUUAGUGUCUAUGCUUAACAUGGAGGUUUAACUUAGCUACAGCUAUUAUUUGCAUUCAAGUUUACUCUAUGACCAAACUGGCUAAUAUCUACGCCUAUUAAUAAUGUAAGGGUUCCCUUCUGGUAGAAGCUCCCUGACUAACCUUAACCUAUUGUGAGGCAUCUUCUGGUUUUCCUAUGAGGCUAUGAUGGGCGUUCCGUUAGGCGUUUGAUUCCUGCUGAUGGGUAUUACUGAAGGGGCUGUUAGGUAAAAUAUAUACACGAUAGAUACUAGCAAGAAAUAAAUUUUCUGUAUGCAUGUGCACAUUUUGUUGAUUAUGUACACUUUUACUGGCUUGUGUGCUUUACUGUAUGCUUUGCUUUCUUUUGUUUUGGUCCCCUUUGCAUGUUCAUGCAUAGUUAUGUUAUUCUUCUCAUAUCAGUUAAUUCUGUUGUGUAAUGUGUUCCCUAGGCCAGAUCCUUGAAACAUGGAGUAUUUUAUUCAUUUAUAUUGGAUGAAUACAAUUUUUAAAUUAUUAUACAUUGACAUGAAAUUAGAUACUAGUGGUGAGCAGAAACGACAAAUUUUACUGUAACCAUUGCGGAAGUCUGUUCCUGUUUCUUCUAUUAAGAAUGAUCUUAUAUUCCUCUGUCCAUUAAAAAGGGGAUGUGGAUCACUUUGCACUUCCGAUGAGUGGCAGCAUACCAGUUUCUAAGCUGUAGGGUUGUCUUAAAAGCGCAUCAGUGUUAAAAGAAAUGGUAUAGAUGAGUUCACAUGCUUUUUUUUUGUCCAGAGACAGCUUAAAAAUAAAUGACCUGCAACUUUUGCACAAUAAUCGGUGUCUCUGUAAGACCAAGUUUCUUGGAGGAUAGAUGAUCUUAGUGAAGCUUUUUUUUUUGAGGGAUUACUCUGUUGAAGUGACCAUCUGGAUUGCUAGCAAUUGGCUAUUCUUUUCCAUCUGUCUGGGCAUAUAUACCUCUGACAACAACAACAUAGCCUUUUUUUCCCAAGCAAAUCAUAUAUACCUCUGACAUUUUAUGAUAAUACGGGGAGGGAUUCCUUUUCGGAACACAUUUCUAGGGUGCAAGUCCUUCAUGGCUAUAUGGCUAUUGUUAUAGCUUUCCUUUAUUUCCAGCAGUCAAGAGAAUUUAUGAUACCAAUGAUUAUUUUUUAACCUGUUAAACUUGCACAUCACUCUGGUUAAUAUAAGGUGGCUCAAUUUUUUUCAUAGUGCCUUCAUGCUUAUUGAAAAGGGCGGCCUGGUGCAAGUGGUAGUGCUUGCCGCCUGUGAACCAAGAGGUCACAUGUUCGAGCGGUGGCCUCUACACAUUGCACGGUGUGUGGGAAAGACCUCCCGCUAAUAACCUUCCCCAGACCCCGCGCAGUGCGGGAGCCUACGGCACUGGGUACGUCCUUCAUGCUUAUUGAAGAACCUUUGUAAUGCUUAAAGGUAUAUAUUCUUCCUGCUUCAACAGGUAAACUAUCUAGAAGGGCACAAGUAGGAUGAUACCCAUUGUCCUCAACUCCUCAUGAAACUAUAGGCAUGGUGACUAGUGUGGGAAAUUUAGCAUAUACUUGGUGGUUGGGUAGUCUAGUUUGUAUAAUAGCCAAUCAUACCAAAAUUGAUAUGUGGACUUAGCAGAAGAAUAAUAACUCUCUGAUGAGAGGACACAUUAGACACGCAUAUGUAAGCCCAUUUUGUGGAUGUCAUGAAUUUGUUAAUACUUUUAAAUGUGACCAUAUUUGGAUAUGGUUCGGUGGUGUGCAUGAGUUCAGGACAUUAUAUCUUUCCUGAGCUGUGAAGGUUUGCACUUAAAAGUAUCUAAACAUGUAGAUUCAUUAAACAGUUAAGGCAUCUCUAAUGUUUUGAGCAAGCUGUAAAACAUUUCUGAUCAAUAAGUACCACCCCAUUGAGUAGUGCGACGGCAUAGUUUAUUCGAACCUUAAGUUCAUUUUGACAUAAAUGCGACAUGUAAGGUCAAUGACUCAAUGUCUUAGAUAAAUUAUUGUGCUGGUUUGCGCGCUGCCUGUGGAAUACUGGAAUAUUAUUAACAGAGCGCAAAUUAUGGUUAAAAUGAACUGCAGUUUAGUUACUCAUUCUAGCUCCUGUUGUAGAAAGUAUUAGAACAUUUUUCAGUAGCAUUUCUUUCUUCAUUUACAUCCAAGGUAAAUUGUGCUAAUAUAGGCUACAUAAUGCGCACAGAAGAAUGUGUCAAAUAUAAUAGAGGUAAGAUAUCUUCUAUGUUUCAAAAACAAAUCAAUCUGGUCAGUUUACCUUUGUUAAUGUUUAUCUGAACUUAGUUGCUUCUUGGUUGUUUUUGGUUCAUGCUAUCAUAUAGGAGUUUAAAUUUUUGGCAAAUUGUCAAGACCCCAUUAACAACGCUGUGACAUUUGGGUUUGAUGGCAUACUUGCUCCUUCUAUUAUUUUCCCUCUUUUGGUACCUUGUAACAUAAAUUGUAUUUUUUGGGGUUUAUAUCUGAUUCGAACUUCGGUUUCUAUUGGUUGACUUUGACAUUGAAUAGCAUCUUUACAACUAAUCUGUCCCCCAUUCUCUGAACACAGUAUUAACAAAGUGGUUGGCUUUCAUCCGUCAGCUCUACUCCCAAAGGAUAAUUUCAGUGGAGAACAAACUAAAGCAUGGAACAAGUAUAUGGCAUUGUGCUUCACCUGGAGAACCAAGAAAAUUAAAGCAGAAGACAAUCAAUCAAACAAAUAGUGUUACAAGGUUCAAGUUUAGUAGAAUCUCCAGCGUAACCGCUCCAUUAGCUGCAUCUGUCUUGGUGGCUACAUGGUGGUGAAGGUUUCGAUGGCAAGUAUCCAAACUUGAGCACUAUGAAUAAUCUAUGCAGGGGAAAUCAAUGGUGAGUAUCCAAAAGCUUCUUGUUUACACGUCUGAGCCAAUUUAGUCACAGUUGGUAUGAUGUAAAUAUGCAAUUUGGGUAUUUUCGGAAUUCCUCUCCAAAGCAAGAUGUGGCGUAUAAAGUUAUCGCUAAGGAAUUUGUCCUGCGGUAUAUUGUUCUUGAUGCACCUACUUUGGUGCAUAAAGUUGCCAAUGUCACUGCUUUAUGGUCAUGAUGUGUCUAUAUUUUGUUGGUUUGUAGUCCAAUGAUGUGUGCCCCCCUAUUAAUUUGCUCAGGUGACAGCCUAUAAAGUUAGAUUAGAUGCAACUCAAUGGGCUGAAGGAUGUGUCAAUUACUCAAUUAUUUUUUGGA